CCUGAGAAACACACGGCGGCGGAGGAGAGACAGAGAGAGAGAAGGGGGUCACAUCAGAAAGUGCGACAGAGGAAAACAAGACAGAAAAGAGGGAGGCAGAGGGACGCUGUAAGGAUAGUGGUUCUCGCUGUCAAUUGCUGAGGUUAAUAAACAAGGAACAGUGCUAUCAGGAUGUUGAUGCUGGAUGGGAUGCCAGCCCUGCCAGUCAAAAUCGAUCCUGCAGAGUCACAGAGACGGGGAAGCGGUCAAAGCGAUGUCCCACAGUCUCCUGUGAUCCAUGACUACACAGAGAUGGGCGUGCUAGUGUUGAACCGCAGAUUUCGGACACCAUCAGAUGAUAGACGAUUCCUGUUUGACCCCUUCCAGAUGCAAACAGAGCCCGUGGACCUGUCCAUUAACAGAGCCAGAACCUCCCCAUCACUUUCAGCAUCGUCAUCUUUAUCCUCGUCUCCCUCGUCGUCCUCAUCAUCAAUACGAUUUUGUCCACGGUCCCCUCCUUCCAGCAAGUCUGUGUCAUCUUCAUCACCAUCGUCAUUAUCUAUGCCUUCAGCCUCCUCCACUUCUGUCAUAACCCCCGUUCCUCGUUUGAAGAUGUCUCCAGUGGUGGCCUCUCUCCCGUCCAGGUGUCUUAGGGGGCAGUCGUUUUUGCACAUACCCCAGCUGAUGCCUCCUUGCUCCAGCCCGGUCCACCUCCACCCACGCCGUGUGCCAGUGGUGGUGCAGCCCAUGCCGCUGGUCUACCCUGGAGUAGGAUCACUGGGAAACAGCAGGCUCAUGAUGCCGCUGCUGGAGGAAAACAGGAUGCACAGGAAAGUCACGCACCGAAUCGCAGAUGGACUGUCACCUCGGCGAUCUUUGAGUGACAGCGAGGAUGAUGACCUGCCCAACGUGACCUUGGAGAGAGUGAAUGAAACAGGAUCCACUGCCCUGACUAUCGCCCGUGCUGUGCAAGAUUCCUUGUUGCCGUUCAGCAUUGAGAGCCUGCGGAGGCCCCGUCCUUCAGAGUCACCUGACUCAAAGAGGAGGCGCAUUCACAGGUGUGAGUUUGAGGGCUGCAAUAAGGUUUACACCAAGAGUUCUCAUCUUAAAGCCCACAGACGCACACACACAGGUGAAAAGCCAUACAAGUGUACGUGGGAUAACUGCACAUGGAAGUUCGCUCGCUCUGACGAGCUGACGCGACAUUAUCGCAAACACACUGGUGUCAAACCGUUCAAAUGCAGCGACUGCGACCGCAGCUUCUCCCGCUCGGACCACCUCGCCCUCCACCGCCGCAGACACGCCCCACAAACAUGCAUAGUGUGAAAAAGACGUUUGAUGGACAAUAUAAGCGGACAGAGCAGGUCUCUAUCUGCCAGCAUCGCAUGCAGAAGAUCUGGAAUUACUCCUCGCACAACAAUAAAGAGGUGAAAGACAUGGAAAUUUGACAGGAAUGAGAGACGGAAGAUGAAGUCCAUGUAUUAUGCGAUUCACGUGCAUUUAUCUACAUUUCCCUCAUAUAGUUUAUCUUCUGCACUUUUAUGUGAGGUUUAUUCAUAGAGGUGGGAGCCUCAAUUUGGCACAGAGUCUUAUACUAGCCUAACUAUUAAAAGCCUGUUAAAGGUGCUGUAUACAAUUUUUUUUAUACUUAAUUACUAUAGAAUCAGCAAGCAACUAUUUUCUAUGUAAAGAUAUAGUGUAGUAGCCUAAUAGUAUCCUUAGCAAAAAGUGAAGUCAGAACCCCUCUGUGUGUGUGUGUAAUCCAAGCUUUUCUGUUCGGUUUUAUCGGUAGUCGGGACGGCCGGGGCGUGUUUGUUAUUGUAUGUGAGCCCUCCCUUUAAAAUAGUUGGCCCUCCCCGCAUUUAUAAUAAGAUAAUACGGAGCUUUCUGCUUCCACAUACCAUGUUUCUAUAUUAGCAUAAUACUUACCUCGUCACUUGCCAUUGUUUACAAAAGCCGAAGGUAUAUCAAUUUUGUUAAAUAUUCCGUUUUCUUGAUGCGUUUCACGUGGGGGGCGUGGCCGAACGGAGGGUGAGGGUGUGGCCGAAGCGAUUCUCCUGUGCAACAUCUAGUAGUUGAAAAAUCGUGUACAGCACCUUUAAAUGUAGGCCUAUUCGAUUCUCCAAACCUUCACGUUUCCUUCAGGUUUACACUUGGAAGACUUAUGGUUUUUCAUAUCACUAGUCUAAAAAUAUUUAGAAUUCAUUUUAUAAUACUUAUUUUUUUGUCUAAAAAGCAUUGCAGAGGAGCCUAAAUCUGUUCAGUGCAAGCUUUGGUUAUGCAUUUAGCAAAUAAAAGUCACUUUGAAAAAAAAAAAUGUAAUUUACAAUUUGCAGGGUAAUAAUAGCAUUGCUGUCAUCGUGUAGAACUAAGUACAAACUUGUUUCAGAUCAAAAAAGACACGCACACACACACACACACAACAAGAAAACAGGACAAACAAACAUAAAACAUGACAUUAUCACAAUGAAGGUUUACAUUCUAGCUUCAAAUUCUGCAUGGGCUCCAGUUAUCACUUUAUUAUGGAAUCUGAAGUUCUUGUUUGUUUUUAUAUAUAACUGAAUGUGAGGAGACGGCCGUACCAUUGAUGUAGUGUUCUGUCCUCUCAGGAGACAUUCUCUCACACCGUUUUAAACUUUCCUUGCAUCAUUUGUGCACAAAACUAGUGUAGCAGAUGUCUGUAUAUUUUAUAGUCUUUACCAUGUGGUAUAUUAUUUUGGUUUGUUUGUAUUGUAUGUCAUAUAUUUGUUCUGUAUUCCGAGAUUUGCACCCUUUUGACCAUAAAUAUGUGAUGCCAAAAUGUAUAGUAUUUUACAGGGAACCCAGUGACUAAAAAUCAUGAGUGUAAAUGAUCGUCAAAUGGGCAUUCCUUUUUAUUUUUUUUUCUUCUACAAUGAUGUAUCUGUAAAUGAUGUUAUGGUAAACAUUUCAGUUUUAUAUGGAUUUAACUGUGAAUUUAUACAUAAAUACAGUAUAUGUUAGAAAAAGGCAUGAAUAAAAGCACAGAUUUGUAUGUACAGAAAAGACUUGUGUGACUUUAAAGACCAUACAAAGGCCCAAACGCAUAUGCCUCAUGAAGUUUAGAGAUAACGUGAUAAUCUUACUGGACAGAACAGAAUAUAAAAGAGCAAUUAUAACCGAUCAAAUAGAACAUUGACGGAUUUAUUUAUGUAUUUAUUUAUUUUAAGAAUUCUGGUAGAUACUGGAAUGACACUAUUACGGCAAAAUGCAUAUUUCUUCAUUGACAGCCAUUCAGAAGAGACUAU